AGAAGCUUCAGUGUACCAACUACCUUUCCUCUGUUUAUCGAGCCUGGCAUGAAUAUAUUACAGUGUAACUGGAGUAAAGCCUUAAGCUUCUUCACUGUUUUUGUUGUGGCCCUCGCCGCUGUUUUUCAGUAUCUGGAGAAUUCAGAGACUGUCGAGAUCCCAAGAAUGGAUCUGAAAGCAAUGGAAGAGAAUUACAGACAAAAGAACAGAACGUGCUUCAUUCUCGGCUCUUCAGGUGAGACUGGAAAGGCGCUCUUGAAGGAAAUAGUGGAGCGCAACAUCUUCUCCAAGAUCACUCUCAUCGGACGAAGGCAGUUAACCUUUGAGGAUAAAGCCUAUGAAAAUUUGGUGCAAAAGGUGGUUGAUUUUGAGAAGUUGGAGGAGUACGCGGAGGCUUUUCAGGGCCAUGAUGUGGGAUACUGCUGUCUAGGAACAACCAAAGCCAAAGCAGGAGCUGUAGGGUUUUUCCGGGUGGAUCAUGACUACGUACUCAAGUCCGCAGAACUUGCCAAAGCAGGAGGUUGUUCCCAUUUUCACCUAGAAUCCUCCAAAGGUGCCGAUAAAACCAGCAGCUUUCUCUACCUGAAAACUAAGGGACAGGUUGAAGCAGAAAUUGGAGACCUCGGCUUUGAGCGUUUCUCCGUCUACAGACCAGCGGUGCUCCUAGUGGACAGACAGGAGAGCAGGCCGGCUGAGUGGAUGGCCCGGACAUUUCUUGGUGCAUUCUCCUCCGUUUUCCCUACCGCAAUGUCCAUCCCCAUCACAUCAGUCGCUAGAGCUAUGCUUGUCAACACACUCCAAGAUGGAGAGCAGAAAGUGGAAAUUCUUGAAAACAAGGCCAUAUACAAUCUUGGUAACAUUGGGGACAAAAAAUAACACUUUCAUUUCCACAUUUUUAAAUUAAGUGCAAUUCUGGCAUGGUGUGAUUCGUGAGCAAGAUAAGCCAAAAUAUUAUUUUAAUGCAGUUUACUUGGGUUCUAUUAUCAUAUUGAGUAUUUUAAAAACAUAUUUAAAAAUGUUGAGUACUACUUUGUUCUAAAUAAGGGUUAUAUGUGCUUUUCUAUGGGUCGCUUUGGAUUCUGGUGCUUUUUUUUUUGUUAUUUAAUUGUAUAUGCAUCUGGAAAAAAUAAAUUAUAUUCAUACUUGAUCACAACUAUUGUGUAUUUAGUAAUAUUAUUUUGUGUGUUAUGUCUGAAAAGUGGAUUCAAACAUUCAACUUUA